CCUAGCUAUUUCUUUAUGAAACAUACAUAUGGAUUCUCUUCUGCAAUCCCCAACAAAUAUUGGUGCCCUCCUUGCUGUACUAGUGUUUAUCUACUACCUGUCAUCAUUAAUUUCUAAGAAUAUUGAAGUUAAAAAGAGAAAGAUGGCACCGGAAGCGGCUGGUGCAUGGCCUGUUAUUGGGCACCUGCCGCUGUUAGGAGGGCCUGAGCUGCCGCACAUAACGUUGGGCGCCAUGGCCGACAAGUAUGGACCGGCCUUCACCAUUCGGUUGGGAGUGCGUCGUGCCUUGGUGGUGAGUGAUUGGGAAGUAGCAAAGGAGUGCUUCACCAUCAACGACAGGGCUUUGGCCACUCGUCCCAGUGGAGUGGCCAUGAAGCACAUGGGUUACAACUAUGCCAUGUUUGCCUUUGCCCCUUACGGCCCUUACUGGCGCGAGGUGCGCAAGAUUGCUACGCUUGAGCUUCUUUCAAACCGCCGCCUCGAGAUGCUCAAGCACGUCCGAGUCUCAGAGGUAAACAUGUCUGUAAGAGAGUUAUACGGGUUGUGGUUGAAGAAUAAGAAUGCUACAGGCGCAGACUCGGUGAAGGUGGAGAUGAAGCGUUGGUUUGGAGACUUGACACUCAAUAAUGUGCUUAGGAUGGUCGCCGGAAAGCGGUACUUUGGUGCUACCGCUGCUUGUGGCAGUGCAGAGGCAGUGCGAUGCCAAACCGUUAUGAGGAGUUUCUUUCGCUUGGUGGGGCAAUUUGUGAUUGCGGAUGCAAUCCCCUUUCUGGGGUGGUUGGACAUGCAGGGCCAUGAGAAGGCAAUGAAGAGGACUGCCAAAGAGCUGGACUCUAUCCUAGAGGGAUGGAUGGAGGAGCACAGAAAGAUGAGACUCUCUAACGAUGAGGCGAAUGGCGAGCAAGAUUUCAUGGACGUGAUGCUGUCCAUCCUCAAGGAUUCGAAGCUCUCUGGUUACGAUGCCGAUACCAUCAAUAAGGCUACUUGCAUGAAUCUUAUUUUGGGUGGCAACGACACCAUAAAAGUUUGUCUAACAUGGGCUCUCUCGUUACUAGUCAACAAUCAAGAGGUGUUGAAAAGGGUCCAAGAUGAAUUGGACAGACACGUUGGCAAGGACAGAAACGUGGAAGAAUCCGAUAUGAAGAAGCUGGAAUACUUGCAAGCCGUGGUGAAGGAAGCACUGCGGCUAUACCCACCGGCUCCGCUAUCUGGGCCACAUGAAGCCAUGGAAGAGUGCACUGUAGCUGGGUACCAUGUGCCAGUAGGGACGCGUAUACUGGUGAACCUUUCUAAGAUUCAGAGAGACCCACGAGUGUGGUCAGACCCUCUUGAGUUUCGGCCAGAAAGGUUUCUUACAAGCCAUGUGGGCGUGGAUGUUUUGGGUCAGCAUUUUGAGCUCAUCCCUUUUGGUUCAGGUAGGCGAGCGUGCCCAGGGACCUCCUUGGGCCUCAAAGUUGUUCACCUGGCUCUGGCUCGUUUGCUUCAUGCGUUUCAUCUUCACACCCCAUCCGGCGCCCCUGUGGAUAUGACUGAGAGCUUUGGCCUUACCAAUCUCAAAGCAACCCCACUUGAAGUUCUUCUCCUCCCUCGCCUACCUUCUCAUCUUUACCAAUACUAGAAUUAGUCAAUUAGAGAGUUCGUUAUAUGUAUGUUUCAAUUUUUGCUAUCUAAUCUAGUUACUAUAUUCUUCUGUUGCUAA